AUGUCUGUGGCCUGCGUGUGCUACGUGGGGCGGCAGAGCGAGCCGCUUUGCUUCCGCGUGUACGGGGACACUGAGGAGCUCCCGAUGCAGUUUGCUGCUUACGCAGCCCUCGACGUCAUCGACGAACGCCUGGCCAGCGAGCAGCAGCCGGGGGCCCCCGGGGGCCCCUCCGGCGGCGACAGCUACCUGGGCCUCGCGGGGCCCUCGCUGGGCACUGCGCAAGACGCCAGCCUCUUCGCCUACGCCGCCCCCACGGGCCUGAAGAUCAUUGUGGCUCUGUCUUUGAGGGGGGCCCUGCAGGAGCAGGAACUCCGCGCCUUUUUCAAGAGACUUCACCGGCUGUACGCCGACGCGGUCUCCAACCCCUUCUUCCUGGACACAGUCGAGACCCCGCGCUUCCUGAGUCAGCUAGACGCCAUUGUGCAGUACUACACCGACCGCCUGGAGACCCCCUGA